UAAUGGUUGCAGAGUAACACACUUUCCAAUAUCUAUAAUAAUGCCUGAGUGUCAAGCGAAAUUUUGCACUGUGGUUAGAGGAAAAGGAAUAUCUACCUUUAGCAUCCCCAAUCCCCCAAAAAAUUAUGAACUUUGUGCAAGAUGGAUCCAUAACCUAGGAAAUGCAAAAUUAAAUCCAAAAACAUUUGUUUUUUCAAGAGAUAAAAUUGUAUGUGAACGGCAUUUUGAGAAAGAUUGUUUUAAAGAGGAUAUAAGGGCUAAAAUAAUGGGAUACACACCAAAGAGAAAACUAUUAAAAGAAGAUGCACUGCCUACAAUAUUUGAUGACAGCAAGCCCAAGAAAAUAAGGGAAAGUAGUUCAAAAAGAUAUGAGAAAAAGGAAAAGCAGGAGCUAAUCAAUCGUCUUCUGGAAAACACAUGUACAGAACCUUGUGACCAACCUGGACCAUCAACAUCUAAGGAAACGGAUGUACCAAUAAAUCAAAGAAAGAGAAAACUACCAGGAAAAAUAAAAUCCUCCAAAAAAAUAAAGCUCAAUGAAGACAUGGAUAUCCCAGUUUUUAUCCAUACUGAAGAUAAAUCAACUUCCUGCAACAUAGAGAUCGAAUUGCCCAAUCAUUGUUCAGCAUGUGUGCUAAGGAUUGAUCCAACGAUCUCAUGUCAGAUCAUGCUUAUUUCAAAACUCCAACUCUCACAUCUACACCUAUGAAAAAGCCUGUCACAGAUUCCUUACAACAUGUACAUUCUCUGCGACUUGAAAGAAUGUCACAAUGUCCACAAGAGCACCAAUUUUUAUCAUUUCUUCUGUCAUUUUCAUCAAUCCAUUCCAAAUCACUAGUGUUUUCAUUUGAAGCUGCCAAUAAUUCCUCUUCAUUAAACUCGGGCUCAUAUUGAUAUCCUUUGCAGUCAGACAUGACCAGCUGCUUUCACUCGGAGGCAAUUGCCCGGUAUACGUCAUAAGCAGAUGGGAUUGUGGGAAAUAUCUUAAAGAGCGAUAACUUUAUCUUGCAAAAUGGCAGCCUCCAGCAGCUGAUGUUUAGCUCUAUUUAUGAGCUGAUUUCUACACAACUGAUUACAAUCAGAUAAAAAUAACCAGUGGGAUUAAUUACCAACUAUAAAGUA